GGCGGGCAGGAAGCGGCGGCGGGCAGCCCCAGUCCUUCCGGGGCGCGGGCGGUGCCGGCCCAGGGGCGGCGGAGCCCGGGCGGCGGCGGCCGCAGCGCGGAUAUGGAUGACAGGAAGGAUGAGAAAAGCAGGACGCUGUGUGCAACCUCAGAAGAAGGGCUGAAGGCCCGAGGAAAAGAAAAAAGGAAACGAAAGCGCAGCAGAAGCAGAUCCUCAUCUGUUUCAUCCACAUCGUCUUCUAGCAGUACAUCCACUUCUUCCUCCUCAUCACGCUCUUCAUCAAGGUCAUCUUCUUCCAGCAGUAGUAGAGAUUCUCCUAAGUCUAAGUCAAAGAAGAAGAAAAAAGAAAAACACAACAAAAAGAAAAGGAAAAAGGAGAACAAAAUGAAGAAAAAGAAAGAAAAGAAGAAAAGGAAAGAGAAAACAGGCCCUGUCCAGCUUUCCAAGUUCUUCAAAAACAAAAAGAAGAAUGAAAACUACAGCAUGAUAACCGGAAAGAAAAUUAAGAUGAAAAUAAAGAAGACUAAGGAAGAUAUAGAGAGAGACCGGAACCGUGCCCAGCUCCUGGAGUUCCUGAACUCUGCCUUGUAACAGGAGGAGCCCUCACCAAGGACUGGCAGGUGUGCCCAGCCAGCCAUCAUCCUAGCAGGACACUAAAGAGAAACUCAGGGAAAAGGACACCAAGUUGGACAAGACCAGGCCCUCCUACUGGGAAGAAAAUUGGGAUGUCCUUUCUUAAUGGCAAAACACAGAGUAGCUGGUCACUUGUUCAUGGAGAUCCAUGUCCUCCUUUUGAGAUAUAAGGUAAUAGCCAGGCUGUGGUGUUUUAGAAGAGCCCAAGUGUGUGUUGUUCACAAUGAAAAGAAGUGACACACAGAAGUCCAGCAAUGUAAUUUCUAUCUUAACUGUAUGCAGAAUGCACUCUUAAUUUCAAAUGUCUUAAUUUUUCUAGUAGCUUAAGCAGAGUAUUUGUAAAUGUGUAUUUGAAAGAUGAGGUGUUUCUUUCAUGUAUAUUUUUUCUGGUAGUGGUUAUGCAUAUCAUAAAGAGCAAACUGACCUUUGUAAAUAGAACAUCCUUUUACAUAAAUGAUUUUUUUUUGAAGUUCA